AAUACUUCUACUCAUGAAUAGAGCAUGCCUCCAUUAAGUAGUAAAAUGAGUAAGUCAGAGUCACCUAGUGGAAUAUUUACAUAUUUCCAGGAAUCUUGUAUUGCCAUUGCAAAAAACCCAUCUGUAGACUCCAUCAAAGUAUUACACUCUAAGCUGGUUGACUUCAGAGAGCUGUCCAAAACAUUAAGUAAAAAGCAAGAUGAAAAAGUCCUCACACCACUUCUGGAUUAUAUCAUCUUCCCUCUGUUGAUGGUUCUCAAAAGGAAUUGCUCAUGGGAAGUGACAGAGCAAGGUCUGUUAUGCAUGUCCACUCUCCUUGGGCAAGCAGAGUGCUCUUCUGUAAAGAGUUUUACUACCAUUUUCACCUCCUGUAUUGUCAUAAUUGCUGACAGAGACAACCCUUCUAAUGUAAGCAGUUGCAGUGAAGAAUUGAAGCUUGCAGCCUUGCAAGUUCUUGGCCUGUUGGUAAGAAGCACUCCUGAGACUGUGCUACUGCAAGUGUACACCUCAACUAAUAACCAGACACAGCUUGGACAUGCUAUCUUCUUGUUCCUAAAAAUUGCUCAGCAAGAAACUAACAGAUCAUUAAGGAUUUCUGCACUAGAGACUGUGUGUAAAUUUUCCCUGCAAGAUGUCUGGUCCAACUCCAAAAACCUCAACCAGAAUCUGGUUAUGGAAGCCACAUCACAAGACCCUUCAAUGAAGCCUGAAGUGCAAACUUCAAUUUUAAAUAUCCCUAACAGCUGCAAAAAUCAAGAUGCAGAUGCUCUUCAAAGCAAUACAAAUGAAAACAUAAGCAUGCCUUCCUGUUCCAGUGAAACCAGGGAAAAGCAACUUCAAAAGGCGCGAGCUGUUCUCAGUAAUUUUCUACCUGGUAUUUGUACAGCAUCGGCACGAAUUGCAGUUGCAGAUGAGACUAAGGGACACAAGCUUACUGUUGCAAGUUUGGAGACCUUAAGUGUGAUCAUUUUGGCAGUGCUGGAGGACUCCGCUGUGUCUCAUAUAUUGAAUGAGAGUCCUGCCAGCAGUCACCUCUUGUCUCUGCAGCGGCAGAUGAACAUCUUACCAAGUGAACAGCCGCUCAAGGAAGAAGGAGCAAUUGAAUGUUCAGGAUCUGGAAUGACCAAAAGCUGGCUGCAGAGCACAAGUGGCAAGGUUGUGCAGCUGGUUGAAGGAGUGUGUCGUCAGCUCGUAUCUCACUCUCAUGUCAACGUCAGAUGUCAGCUGGCACUAAUGGUGGUGAAUCUUUUGCAAAGAUGCUCCAGGUCACUGCCAGGUGUGAUCGUCCCCUGCGUUGAGGCUCUUGCCACCUUGGCUGCAGAUAGCAGUAAUUCUGUUAGUUCUUUUGCUCAGUCAGCGCUGAAAAAUAAGAUAUCAUCCAUAAAGCCAUCACAUAUUUACACACUCGAUCCUCUUCAUGAAGAAAUGCCAUUACAUUCACCCAAUGGAAUAGAUGAGUUAUGCAGUUCAAUGAGUUUAAGUGAGCAUUCAAGUGCUCCCAUUUCUAGUACAACUUCUGCAAGUAAAAUAACCUCUUCUGACGAGGCAAACAGUGACGUCCAUCCCGUGAGAUAUAAUAUGAAGCCUUCUACAAUAAACAACAUGCAGCAUGAUCCAUCGAGCUCGGGUUCUUCAGUUGAAGCAAGUUCAGUCUGUGGAACAGACUCAUUUUCGAAAUUAAACCAGGACGGAACAACUUUUGAGGCAGUUACAUCUCCUGAAAUUCGGAAAGUUAUGCAAGAUCGAUUAUGUCAGUCAAUCAAACGAUUGCCUACUGUCGCAAGAGCCUCGGAUUCAUGUAGUAUCCGUGUGUUGGUGCAACAACUGCGCGGCUACGUAACGUUACUAAAGGGCCCUGAACUGCAGGAACUGUUGCAGCUACCUGGCCAAUGUUGCUCUCUCUUCUUGUCCCUGGCAUCUUGUCUGUCUUUAGAUACGCGAGACAGAGAUAUUCUCAUGCUUCGACCUCCAACUUCUGAUGUUUGGAGCAUCCCUGCCCUGCCGUGCUCCCUGGGCACCCGACGCAGGUUCGUACGCGACGACGACGUGGUAAGGACGUGUCAGGUCGUAGCGACAGCUGUGGGCGGUAGCCUGAACCCUGCGCUGCUGCUGCAGUUCUGGUGCGACGCCCUGCGAGCUGCACGACACCUCGCUCCUGAGCUGCUUGGCUUGCUGCCCUCCCUCGUCUCCGGUUGCACAUCAAGUGUUCCUAUGCAGCCCUCGGUUCACGAAAGGGAAAUAUUCGUGGACACAGUUCUCGAAUUCCUUUUAACUGAAGAAGCUCUCUUUUCGCCAACGGACCUAAAUGCGUUCAAGAACGUCGAGAAAUCUUUGGAAGUUUCCUCUGAAAAUGUUCCCAACUCAAGUCACGUUGAGGAUGUGGACAUGUUUCUAGAUGAGCCUCCCUCUAAGAAAAUCGGGGUUGAAAAUGUUUUGGAAAAGAUAUACUCUCCUUUUGGGAAUUCUUUCAACCCAUAUGUUAGCAAUGCAAUUUCAUCCUCGCUGAAUCCAAGGCAGGUAGACGAAAAUUCUAAAGGGAGCUUGCACGAGUGUCGUCGCAAUGUCCUGGUGGUUAGCAACAGUCUGCUCGCGGUGGCGGCGUGCGGCCGACUGAUGGGCCCGCGAUUCGUGAUGUUCUUCAGCCGCGUAAUGUGCCCCCUGCUCGAGAUGUGUGGCCACGCUAAUCUCCUUAUUGCCCACAGCGCCAGGAGUUCACUGGAGGAGCUGAGUUCCAGCUGCGGCUACAGCGGCAUCGUGGAGCUGGUGGAGGCAGCGGUGCCGCACUUCUGGUUCCCCCUGAGCAUGCAGCUGCGCCGCCCUCGUCUCCACCCGCAUGCUCCUCAGAUCCUUCAAGUGGCCUUGGCAUGCGGCAGUGUUCGCAGCAGCGCGCGUCUGACGGACUUCCUGCAGCAGUUGAUGUACGAGCUACUCGCCUGCCUCGACUCUCACGAGAGUCUACAUCCCCAACAACUGCUGGCCGUCCUCAGGCUGUACAUGGCCACCAAACACAAGCAAAUGUGUCUUGAAACAACGUCUUCAGCUAUUGAACAGCCUACAGGACACCAGCCAAUAUGUGUGAAACAAGCGACAUGUAAUGAAACUUCAGUUGUUAAUAAUGAAAGUAAGGCGGGAAUCAAUGAAGUUGUAAAUUCUUCGACUUCUCAAGAAUCAGACGUUUCUUGUACUGACGCAACUUUAAAAAAUAAAAAACAUAAGAUUAUUUCUGAAACUGGAAAGAACUCUCAUUGCACAGAUCAAAUUUUGCCGAAAAAAGUCAAAGCAGGUUUGCAAGAUACUGAUAAACCAGUUUCGAGUCCUAAUGAUGAUGUCAGUAGAAAUUCUGGCGCCCUUGCCCUUUUCCUUGCUGAUUACCACGAAAAGCAGGAAAUUUCUCGGAAACAAUUUGAAAAGGAACAAGCUGCAAUUUUGGAAGAAGUAUCUACAACUUUGAGAAAAGAAGAGGAAAAGGCCAAGUCUGCUGGAAAGAAUGGUUGGGAAACUCUUACUGAAGAUGAUUUACCAAAUUACGAAAAUCAAUCUGAUUCAGGCUUAGGCAGAACUGAGGAAGAUGGCGUUUCUGACGGUGGGAGCAAAGAUGAAAAACCCGAAAAUGAUGAAGUCAGUGCUACGGAGCAAGAAAUUCCUUCUGAUGUUAAGCUCAUCGUAAGCAUCCUGGAAAGAUGUUGUUAUUUGUUAUACACCCGCGACCGAGAAACAUCACUUUAUCUCCUUGACACAAUAGAACUAGGCUGUGAAGCUUUGAAGCAGUUUGAGAACAGCCAGCUUCCAGUACUGCACAAGGUAUGGAAGCCUCUCAUGCUUCGUAUCAAAGACAAAGACCGGCCGGUGUCACUGCGAGCCUUGUCUGUUUGCUGCAUCAUGGUUGGCAACAGCGGAGAUUUCCUUCGUAAGCGAUGCAUUCAGGAACUGCUGCCAGCGUUGGCAGGAUUCCUGACGCUGCAGAGUUCAGUCAGUCGCUGUCAGUCUGCACGGACUGGAUAUCUAAUGUCCGCUGCAUAUAACACGCAACUUGCGCUCCUCGAGAAGCUCUACCCUGCACUUGUGGAUAAACUUAAGCUCACGGGAGCAGAGAUGGUUCAAGCUGUGAAUGUCUACGUGCAAUACAUAGACCCUGCACAACCACUGCCACUUGUGAAGGCAAGUUUGGAGGCACUGAAGGCUUCGGCAAUCACCCAUCCAGGGACCGUCUGGUUUGCCUUGGGUUGUCAUCUGCCGCCCACUACUUUUUCUGCGCCCUCACCGCGACAUCGGACCGUCAAGCUGAACGGCGGUCUUGCUCACCAUCGAAAUCAACUCAUGGCUGAGGUGCAACUACUAUACGAUCAGCUAUCUGGAAAUUCUUCUUGAAUUAUCAUUAGUGCAGUUUUAUUCAAGAUCGAAAUUACAAUAUUGUAGUUCAUAGCAUAAUUUUGUUCUGAUUUUUUGAUUAAAGGUGACCAUGUCGACUAAAAGUGAGGUAGUUCGCUGACUAUGACAUUCAACCCAUUCGCAACCACAUAGAUUCCAUUACUUGCUUUUUGUCAUACUUCAGUGAUGGCGUUAUUACUCAUCUACCUGAUGCUUUACAAAAAUUUAGUGAUACUGGACGCAACUUCCCCAAUUUACGGAGUCAUUCUGGUGGAGAAUUCUGUUUUAGUUUGAUGAACAAUGUACGUAUGCAACUUUCGAUACUUUGAUGUUGACAGCGGCAUGUUAAUUUCUUUUUAUUACCACGUUUUUCUUAGCUCGCU